AUAUUGGUUUUUUUAAUAGGAGUAACAGCUACUAUUGGUAACAGUUUGGUGGUUAUACUUAUUUUAACAGAUAAAACACUAAAGAAAAGUCCGCACAAUCUAUUGCUGUUAAAUAUGGCCGCCUCAGAUUUGGGUAUAUCUAUCCUGGGAUAUCCACUAACAACUGCUUCUAAUUAUGCUGGGAGAUAUCUGUUUUCUGACUAUGUUUGUGUUAUUCAAGGAUUUUGGUGUUUCACCUUUGCUCAAGCCUCUCUGAAUACCACUAUCCCUAUCAGUUUAUACAGAUAUAUAGCAGUGUGUAAACCGCAUCUAAGUUAUCAUCUGACGAAGAGAGCCACAGUUUUAGUUAUAUUGGGAGUUUGGAUCUACACUAUAGCCUGGACAGCACCGCCUUUAUUUGGUUGGAGUUCUUAUACUUAUGAACCAUUCGGUACCUCCUGUAGUUUAGAUUGGGGAAGUCCCAAACCACUUGAUGUCUCCUAUAUUUAUAUUCUCUUUUUUUCCUGUUAUCUACUUCAUAUCGCUAUCAUAUCCUAUUGUUAUUAUUAUGUUUACAAGAAAUCCGUCAAUUUAAAACUGCAUCCAGUCCGAGCCCCGAUAUCAUACGAACAUGCUGUUGAAUAUAAAAACUAUCGAGCUGAAUCCAAAAUCACAACGAUGUGUGUAGUAAUGGUAGUAGUGUUGAUUAUUGUUUGGGCCCCGUAUACCUUUGUGUGUCUGGCGCUGAUUUACAAACCAGAUAUACCAGUAUGGUGGACAACUCUACCAACAAUGUUCGCUAAACUAGCCAGUAUGCUGAAUCCAUUUAUCUACGCUGCUACAAAUUCUACAUUUAGAGCUACAUUAACUGCUGUGUUUAAACGACCACGACGUGAGAUCGUGGUACGACCAAAGAUUGAAUAUAAUAAUCAAGGUGGUGGGACCUCACAGAACACAACAGAACGGUAA